UUAAUCGAUUCGGCCCGCUUCAGAAAAUCCGUAGCGCGUUACGUGUGAUGAUUCCGAGAACACUGUCGAUAAAAUCUAAAUCGAAGAAUCUGCACCUUCGGCGGCUCCCAAAUCCAUCGCGAGCGGUGUUUUCGGAGCAGCGGCAAGAGGAAUCGCGAGGGCGAACGUUGAAAUCAAAGCGCUUUCUCCAAAUUUGUUCGACGGCCGGCGCGUUGCGCCAGCAAUCGGCGAUAGCUGGCGGGCAAGCGAGAUCAAGGUGGGCAAGAAGGCUGACGGCGGUAAGGAGUAACUAGGGGUGGGGUUCGGUUCGGCUUUUUGUCUCUCCGAUUGGACGACGGGUUUGGAACGCUGAUAGCUGAGCUGGGUUUCGGGUUUGAUCAAUCGGGGUGACCUUCUAGAAUCUUGAUUCUCGAAAGAUGGAUCCUGAGUUUAUGCAAUUGCGUAGACAAAUGCAACAGAAGAUUUACAAUAUACUUCAAAGAAAAAACCAGUCGAAUGACUGGCUGUGUAAGCUACCGGAAAUAGUCAAGCGCUUGGAGGAAGGUGUGUUCAGAGACACUGCAACAAAGGAUGAGUAUUUGACUUUGUAUAUGGAGUCAGAUGAAAAUCGCUUUUUCUCGAUCAUCAGAAGUUUUUUUAACAGCAAACAACGUGCACCACAUCAAGUUAGACCUUCUACUCCCCCAAGUGUUGAAUGUCCUCCCCGCAUUUGCAACCAACUGGGAAUGGUCUGACUGAUGUAUUUGACAGAUGUAUUUGCAACCAAUGAAAUUUAUAAUUAUGAACGUAUUAAUUUCCUUUACAUUGUAUUAAACAUAAUUAAUUUAUGGUUGAUGAUUAAUGAUACGGUAUAAUUUGGA